AUGCGCUCUACGGACAUUGACCUAUCGCAGUACACAGAGUCUAUCUUCAUACCCUUCAUCCACAAGCUUAGCACUGAAGAAGCCCCGCGAGUCAUGUGUAGGAUUGAGGGCGUCGACAUUAGGAUGCCUGUAGAUACUGGCUCCACAUGCCUGCUUAUUGGAGCUCCCAUACUGCCCAACAUCAGCGCAACAGUAGGCACGCCAGCACACCACUACUUCACCAGUAGCUUGAUCCUCUACGUAGGCCGACUCGUCGAGUUACCCAUCGGCUUUCAUGGCGAAGCCGGCUCGUACGCGACUACGAUAGUACCUGUACUGAUUGUAGAUAAGAGUUGGAGAUGCCCAUGGUACAAUCCCAGUAAAGACGGGUUUACGUGCCCGCUGGGCCCGGAGGGGGAGAAGGCGGUGGAACGCGAUACGAGCUCUAUAACCUAUAUGGGGGUGGGAUUCGGUAGGAAUCAACCAAGGGAUGGCAUGCCAAACGGUACGCCAAAAGUCAAUCCGUUCCUGAAUGUCAUUGCGAUCAACGGACAGCCAAUAUCGACAGUGUCAAUGCGGGCUGGCUAUGUCGUUUCCGCGGACGGCGUGCAUCUGGGGCUGACUAAGGAAAACACACGAGGCUUCGCGUUUGACGGCCUAGAGCCAGGGUUGGCUCAUGCGGAGGAUCCAAGAGACUGGGCAAUGGCGAAGAUGUGCUUCAGCAUCGAUGGCGAGGGAGCUAACUGCGGUCCGAUCCUCAUCGAUACUGGGAUACCGCAGAUGUACAUUAGAGCGGAGGCAGGUGUAUCGAUACCGACUGUGCUUAUUCGCAACCCCAACAAGCGAGGUCAUGCUAAGCUGGUGAAGCGUGUGAAGCCAGGAACCUGUAUCGCUGUCAACUUCCCAUCUUUGGGCGCGCCAGUGGUCUCGUACUCUUUCGUCCUUGGCGAGGGUUCAUGCAUCGAACCCAGCUACGUUGUCCCUGCAAAGCACGCAUCGCCGCCCUAUAUCAACACAGGACGAAACUUCAUCUUGGGCUACUCAACAGCCUUUGACGCGAUCGGCGGGCGAUUCGGCCUCCGGUCCGUGAGCAAUCCUAGCUCCUCCUCUUUACUCUAG